AUGUCCCGACCCAGCGCCGCCACGCAAAACACGUUAAUUACCCAGGCUCUGAGAGCGGAACGCAAUGUAUCAUCGGCAACCUCGCAAGCGCAGGCCCUGGAGGCGGCCAUUGACGCUGCCGAACAUUACAUGAAAGCCCUGAGAUUGGCAACCGUCCAAAAAGACAAACAAUCGCUAGAUGCAAAAUGUAAAGAGUGGCUGAAUCGAGCGGAGAGAAUCAAAGAAGCCACAGACUGGCAGUCGGCAGCUCGAGGUCAAGCCAGGGCUUCCCGCUCUCUGGUAUCUACACGCAAGCUCACCACCCGUGAAGAGAUUAUCCUUCUAGAAGGAGCCAAACUACAUGGGUUCAUCUUCCCUCCCUGGACCAGGGCGCCCGAUCCGUCAGAGUUCGUGCAGGGUGAUGCUCCUUUCAUCGACCGUCCAGAACUUCAUCUUUCCAGUCUGCAGAGAAACAUCUUCGAUGGCUGGAAACGCCCCGUUGAACUGCUGUCGACGGAGGUUGGCGAUGGGUCGACAGCCCCCGUCAUGUCUGUUUCGGGGAAGACGGAUCUGGUACAGGACGUCUUAACCGACUGCUCCGUUGUUGCCAGCCUUUGUGCUACCACGUCAAGAUUGGAACGUGGUCUAGAUAAGUAUUUCCUCCCAUUGGUGUAUCCUCGUGGGGAAACCCCCGAGCCCUCACCAUCUGGGAAAUACAUCUUCCGAUUUUACUUCAACGGCUGCUUCCGGAGAGUGGUCAUAGAUGAUCGCUUGCCAUCUUCCAGAACGUCAAGGUCGCUUCACGUGAUCGAUCGCAACAACCCCAAUUUCCUGUGGCCUGCACUUGUGGAGAAAGCGUAUUUGAAACUGCGCGGAGGAUACGACUUCCCUGGGAGCAAUUCUGGCACCGACUUGUGGGUGCUGACUGGCUGGAUCCCGGAACAAGUCUUUCUCCACAGCGACGAUGUGACCGGCUAUCAACUAUGGAAGCGAUUGUACAGAGCAUUUCAUUGUGGAGACGUCCUCCUGACGAUAGGCACUGGGAAGCUAACCGAACAGGAGGAGACCGAGCUCGGACUCGUCAGUGAGCAUGAUUACGCGAUUCUGGACAUGAAGGAAACCAAAGGCCGUCGCCAAAUGCUUGUAAAGAACCCAUGGGCUGGGGCGGAGAACACUCCCGAGGAACCGAGACACACUUCAGAAUCCCCUUACGAUGCACCGUCGUUUUCUCCUGGGACCUUUUGGAUGGACUGCGACAAUAUCCUCCAACACUUCGAAAACCUCUAUUUGAAUUGGAACCCGAAUAUCUUCCAAUAUCGCGAAGAUAUUCACUUCACGUGGGAUCUCUCAGAGGGAAGAGGAGUGGCUGGGUGCUUUGUCAAGAACCCUCAGUUUGCGUUGUCCACUGAAAUAGGAGGGACGGUCUGGUUGCUACUUGGCAAGCAUUUCCGGACCAUGGAGCAUCACUCGAGCACCGAUGCUCAUGGCGAUCCAGCGUUCAUAAGCUUGUAUGCAUUCAAUGCAGGUGGCAAGAAAGUGCCGUUGAGCGAUGGUGCGCUUUAUCGCGGACCCUACGUCGACUCACCCAACACCCUUAUGAGGCUGGAAAUGCCUCCCAAAACGACGUACACGGUGGUGGUUUCCGAACAGUCACUGCCUUCUCUGAGUCAGAACUUCACUUUGUCUGCCUUGUCGACCGCACCAAUUCACCUAUCUCCGGCCCAGAACAGGUUCAUGUGUGUGAGGAAGCUACAUGGCAGCUGGACACCUUCAACCGCGGGCGGAAAUGCAGAGUCCGCCAGGUACCCCCUCAAUCCCCAAUUCAGCCUAGAGAUAUCGGAAAAGACCGACGUAUCUCUCCUGUUGGAAUGCCCCGACACGGAGCUGGCGACCCACGUGAAGUUGUUCUGGUCCAAUGGUAGCCGCAUAUCACGAGUGCGGAGCCGCGACAUCAUCACCGAUAGCGGCGACUAUCGUCGUGGUGGAUCUCUCGCGGAGAAGAGUGGUCUAGACAGAGGGUCUUACACUAUUGUCUGUUCUACAUUUGCCCCUGAUCAACUGGCCCGCUUUACUCUCUGGGUCUCGUCCUCUAUUCCAUGUCAGGUCAAGCCCCUGCCAUCAGAAUCUGCUGGACGAAGGGCGGUACUCUCUGAUAUUGGCGUGCUACCUCCGGGCAAGGACCGGAUGCUGGCCCCCCUGCAGGUUCCAAGGUUGACGCGCAUUAAACUUAUCGCUCGGAGCAGACUGUCCGUGAUCGGCAAUCAUCCUGUUGGGCCUUCCCCGGUGUUGAUGACGGUCGAACUGGGCCAGGGGCCAUACAAAGAAAUAUUGGCCACGUCGGAAGACGGAAACCACAGCGACGCCAUCUCGGGAGUCCGAGUGGAGGACUUUGAUCUACGACCAAAUCUCGAGGAUGAGGGUGGCGUCUGGGUUGUCCUUGAGAGGAUCGGAGGACCUGGAGGACAGGUGGAAGACCACUUUGAGGUGGAAGCGCUGGCGGAGGAGAGGGUGGACAUUGGCGAGUGGAUUGUGGAAGAUGCGUAG